AUGUCAGAUUUAGGGUUUGAUCCAACAUUAAAAAAGAAAAAGAAAUCUAAAAAACCAGUAGAUGGUGUAUCAUCAGUCUCAGAUAGUAAAGAAUCAACUCCACAACCAACUUCAGAUUCAGUAGAUGAAUUAUUUUCAGGAUUAAAGAAAAAGAAGAAAUCAUCAUCAACAACCAAACCAACAGAAUCAAGCACAUCAGAAUUAAAUGAUGAAGAUUUAACUGCAUCAUUAGGAGAUUUAUCAUUAAAGAAGAAAAAGAAAAAAUCAUCAUCAAAUAGAAACACAGAUUUAAAUGAAUUUGAACAACAGUUGGAAGAAGCAGGAAUAGAUGAAACUUUAAUAAAUCAAGAAUCAAAUAAUAAUUCUCAAGAUGAUUUAAAUAAUCAACAAGAAUUAAUUGGUGGUAUGUCAUAUGAUGAUUUAUUAACAAGAUUUUUUGAUAUUUUAAAACAAAAUAAUCCAGAAUUAGCCGGAGAUAGAUCAGGUCCAAAAUUCAGAAUCCCACCACCAGUAUGUCAAAGAGAAGGAUCCAAAAAGACUCUUUUUGCAAAUGUACAAGAAAUCGCAACAGUAUUACAAAGAAAUCCAGAACAUCUUAUUCAAUUUUUAUUUGCAGAAUUAGGUACUUCUGGUUCAAUAGAUGGUGAAAAAAGAUUAGUAUUAAAAGGUAAAUUUCAACCAAAACAAAUGGAAUCAGUUUUAAGAAGAUAUAUUAUUGAAUAUGUUACUUGUAAAACUUGUAAAAGUAUGAAUACUGAAUUAAAAAGAGAAAGUGCAAAUAGAUUACAUUUCUUAAGUUGUAAAGCUUGUGGAUCUACCAGAUCUGUAUCUUCAAUUAAAACUGGUUUCCAAGCUCAAAUUGGGAAAAGAAAGAAAUUUUAA